UAGAUUUUAUACACACGUCCCUUAAGGCACCUAAACAAACAGACAGCGUUUUGACACCACACACUACUUGCCACUCCCUGACACGUUUCUUGCCUGUACUGGGGCUCCAUAUCCUGUUCCCCUACACAUAUCUUGUCGCCUGCACUUGGGAGGAGACCAUCACACGCCCUGGAGAUGACAGAGAGGGUGUGAGGAGACCACGUAAUGAUCGUGUCUAUCUGUGUGCUUGUUUCUCUCUUCCUUUCACUGCCACCAACACUGUCACGACCCAGCUUGACCUGAUUGUAUGUCCGUCGCUUUCAUUGCCACCACCACCACCACCUGAAUGGCAUGCACGUGCAGGGAUGGUGUGUUCUGCAGUACAUUAUUAUUUGUCGCCUGGGAGCUUAGGAACUUACAACUACCCAGGGCUGCCUAAGGUCUUGCGAGAAUUGUGGGUGGGCAGCAGAGCAGAGCAAAAGACACAGCCACUCGCAGGCAGCAAUGCAAACAUGUUAGGUGAAAACAAGCCAAUGUGUAAUGUGAAUGUAUAAAACAUGAUGCGGCGUGGCGGUGGCUUCUGGUUGUGCCGACGGCCUCUGCUGAGUGCUGUGCAGGUGCUGGCUUGUGUGGGGGCUUUCAUGCUGGGCAGCCUCAUGACCCUCAUGUCCAUUGACCCCAUGAGGUGCGACAUACAUCAGUGCACAGAGAAGAUUAAACGCACUGAUGUGGAAGACGUCAAUAGCUGGCUGGGCAUGUGGGGUAAAGGUAACAGGGGUGCAGAGAAGAGUGUGUUCCUUGUGAUUGUUAUGCUGAGUGCCCCCGCCAACAAGGAGCAUAGAGAAGUUAUACGGCAGACAUGGCUCAGUGAGGAAAAGGCAGACACCCUUCACUUCUUUGUAAUAGGAACUGGUAGCCUGAAUGAAGACCUCAAUGUCUCAGUGUUGGCUGAGCAGAAGAAACAUGGGGAUCUGAUGCUACUGAGUAACGUGAUGGACUCGUACCAGGCACUGACCAAGAAGCUCCUGGCGAGUCUUGUAUAUGUUCAUUACAAUGUUAAGUUUAGGUUCUUAAUGAAAUGUGAUGAUGACACUUAUAUUCGCUUGACAGAGCUGCACAAGGAGCUCAAGAGUGUUCCAUACAAGCAGCGCCUGUACUGGGGUUUCUUUGAUGGUAGAGCAUCACCAAAGAAGAGUGGCCCCUGGAAAGAGGAGGCCUGGGUUUUAUGUGAUAGGUAUUUGCCAUAUGCCCUUGGAGGAGGCUACAUCCUCUCAUCUGAUAUUGUAAACUUUGUUGCAAGCAACUCAAAGUACUUGAAGCUGUUCAGAAAUGAAGAUGUUUCUCUUGGGACAUGGCUGGCCCCUCUGGACCUACACAGAGUUCAUGAUGUGAGGUUUGACACAGAAUACAAGUCGAGAGGGUGCAACAAUAAGUACCUGGUAUCUCACAAGCAGAGCACUCUACACAUGCAGGAAAAGUUUAAUUCCUUGAAGACCUUAGGAAGGAUGUGUCGUGAACAGUUUCAAGUUCGAAAGUCAUAUAAUUACAAUUGGAAUGCACUGCCUUCACAGUGCUGCAUCAGGAAUGAUUCUUCAUUACCCUAAUCUGCCUACAGAGCAUUAUGGUGAUGGAAAUCAUUGUACAGACCUCUUCAGUACUUGUGCAAUACGUUAAUUCAUGGCUAAGUAAUAUGUUGUCACCUGUCAAUCUAUGACCCUUGUGACUAUAAGUCAUAGGAUGGAAGAGAUUCUGAGAAAAAAUAGUAAUCCUAUCUGUCUAUUUAUCAGGCUGAGAUCAUCUGAAAGAAUGAUAGCCAAGAGAAUUGUAUGAAGGAGAAAACAGAGGAGGGAUUUUCAGUUGCCUCGCUCUUUCCCUUUCAUUUGCCUUUUACAGAUUGGAAGAAAUACGAAUAGUGAGGGAUAACUUAGCUUCAUGCCAAGGAAAUGUACCACAGAUGCAACACUUAGCUUGAAAAUCUUGGUUGAGAAGUAGAGAGAAAGUAAAAAGAUAUAGCACUCUGUUUGUAGACUUGGAGAAUGCUUAUGACAGGAUGCCAAGAGAGAAGUUGUGGUACUGUAUGAAUGUGAUGAAAGGCAUGUAUGACAACAGUGUAAUAGCAGUGAAGUGUGCAGCUGGAAUGACUCAGGGUUUCAAGAUGGAAAUGGGAUUGCACCAAAGAUCAACUUCGUCUUUUUUUCUUUGCAGUGGUGAGAUUAGACAGGAAUUUCUCUAGAUAGUGGUAUUUGUAUAGCAUGAUGAGUGGUGAGAGAAAUUUAAGGCAAUGCUGGUGAAAUAGAGAUUGUACUGGAGAGACCGUCAGAUGACACUCCCUCACUCAUCCAAUCACUGCUGAGCUUGUCUGUAGUUUGGCUAUGCUCAGUUUAGUCAUCAGUCAUUCAAAAGAAACACUGCUGUUCCUUAUGUGCGCCUCAACACUGUAUCAGUGAAUUUCCAUCAACACUUGGAGAACAGGGAGUAACUAGACCUCAGAAUAUUCCUUGAGUUUAUUGUGAGUGUGCUAGCUUAAGGGAAAGGGCCUCCUUGUGGCCUUCUGCUGGACAGCUGUCCCUUGAGGUGUUGGACUAUGUUCCUCAUCCCAAGGAACCAGCAAGCACUUUCCCUUCGAUAGCAGUUCAUCUGUAGUGGCCGCUGUCUUGUCAAUUUUCAAAUUCUUUGUCAAUCAUAGCUUCUACAGUGGCAGUGUUUGAUACAGGUGAUAAGAGGCUCACAUGUCUGGUAUGUUGGAAGGUGUUUGCAAAUUUUCUUGGACAGAAUGUCCAUCAUCAAGUCUUCCAUGAUGUUGAAGGGGCUGCUCUAGGUGCCGAGAGCCGGAAGGUGAGGUGGGACCCUAAGGAGCUGGCCAUGAAGGUUGUAUUUGAGGCUCAGUAUCCUGGGGUCUGCAACAUCAAUAAUUUAAUUAGGGACUGAGUGCUACCACACCGUUCUCUUGAGGCAAUUAAGGGGUUUUGCCAAGUUGCUUCCUACAAGACCUGGGUCUGUGAGGUGUCCUUAGAGCCUCAGAGUACUGCAUGCUGGUGGCCUUGAGUCACACCUCAUCUGAUAUUCCAUCUACCAACGAUCUAAUAUCUCCAACAACAUCUUGGAGUUCUUUCUCCGGUGAUCCCCAGCCACUUCCUGAGGAGGCAGUCCUUGCUUGCAUGCAGUUAACAUCAGAAGCCCUCAGCAUUUCCAUCCCUUCCUACAUAGACAAAGUGGAACACUAACUUGACCAAUGGUGCCUACUGUGUGCUUAUGCCUAUGAACCACCGGAAAAUGGUAAGCAGACCAGCAUGAUCCAGGAUAAAAUAUAGAAGAAAGAAGCUGGCAUGUAAUCUGGUAGAGGAUAUGAAGCUUCAAUUUAAAUGGAAGAGUCCAGCCAUCACUGCAUUAUGUCACAUUGACAUUGCCAUAUCCACUUAAGGAUUCACAAAAGUGGAUCUUAAGAUCUACUGAUAAUGUUGAAAAGCAAAAUACACUUCACAUGAUACUUAUCUCCGAAAAAGGUAUUGGUUAUAGUGUUGUGGCUUUCUGCAUCUAACCUUGAGGUUUUCUUUGUUUAUGUCACUGUUUUGGUAUAUGCCAUUGUGCAUUUAGUGUCCUGAGUAGCCUCCUUUCAGCACAGAAGCAAUUUUGUAACUGGAGCAUCUGAAGGACCUGCAUCAUACUUAUGAAUAGAUAAAUAAUGUAAUUUUGCAAUAAUGAUAAAGAGGAAUUAUUGAAGUAAACCAGUGUCACAAGUAUUAAUGACAUACUCAUAUUACUGAAAUUGUACUUGUCUGGAAAUUGAGGAUGCACAAUGCUUUUCAGAUCAAUAAGAUUAUAGUAUAAGAUUUUUAGAAAAGUGAAUAAAAGCAUAAACUACAAAAAAGGAUGAGACUUACCCUUUGAGUAAUCAUGUCCACACUGAUAUCACAGGUCUUCACAUGAUGUUAAGUUGGUUAUCACUGUGUGAUCCCAGCUCACAUUUGAAACAGCCUUGGAAGAAUUCUCAUUUCAUAAUUUUGUGUGACUUUCCAUCACAUCCAAUGGCCCUAUAAUUUGUUGCAAUUCAAUAUUUAAAUAAAUUUUCAGGUAUAUAUCUAAUUUUGAUAUUUUUAGUCAAGUAAUACCCAUGAUUUGCAGACAGAAAUUAUAGACAUAAAUGACUAGGUAUUACAUAUAGAGAAGGAAGAGAGACGUACGAGUGGAGAAUGGGAAGAAAAUAAAGAGUGGAUGUUUGAGUGACAUCAAGAAAUGCAGCCUCCUAUAUUGAACUGUUGAAAUCUGGAAUGAUUUGAAGGAAGACGUGGUUGCAGCAAACAGUGUAAACAUGUUUAAAGGGAAACUGAAUAAAUGUGGAUAUGGAGACAGGACAAAAUGAGCUUUGGCUUGUGCCCUGUACAACACACACACACACACACACACACACACACACACACACACACACACACACACACACACACACACACACACACACACACACACACACACACAGUUCUCUUUCUCUUACUUUUUUUUUUUUUUCUUUUGAGGCCUCUGAUUUCUUUAGAAUUGAAACAGUAAGUGAAUUUUCAUGGAGUAUUUUUUAUUCAUUUAUCUAUUUUUUUCUUUAUUUUUCUUCCUUUUCUUUUGCUAAAGGACUAUUCAUGCAUCUCUUGAAUUUGCAUUUGUAUGGUAAACUUGCCAUAUGGCAGGCUUAUUGUAUAACAUGUCAUUCAAUGAAUACAUCUUGGUUUUAUGUGCCAUGCCUUAUACAAAGAGAGAGAGCCAAGUCAUUAUAAGGUGAUACAUUGCUUUCCAGAUUCAUGAAGUGAUUUCCGUAGCAACUUUAGUGACUGUAUUGACUGUGGUGUUGUAGCAAGUGAUAGCUUCUUGUAGUACAGUACAUAUUAGCUCUUGCUAGAAUAUGAAAGACUUCAACGGAGAGUAAAUUGCAACAGACCGUCUUUCUAGUACUUGAUGUGGAUAACAUUACAGUAGUCAUACUCCUUUGAUUUCUUGGUCAUAAAAUGUUUUACCUGUCUUCUUAUUUCUAUAUGUAUUAUAUUUGAUUUUUCAAUUUUUUGUGAAUGAGUAAGAGAGAGAGAGAGAGAGAGAGAGGAAAUGUUUAAUUAAAUGAUUGGUCUAGGAUAGUGAUGCAAAACAAAAAAAACGCUUGUUUUUUAUUUUUUUUAUCAUGAAGCCAAAAAAAAUUGUUUUUUUUAUUUAUUUUUUUAAGGAGCCAAAUUAUUUUUGUUAUGCUUUAAUACAGCAACUAUAGUAGUUCCACAAGCCCUUCAAGCUUUUAUGUAAUAGAAUUAGAACCAUAUGAACUGCUGAAAUACUAGUACUUAAAUGAUACAACCAAUUUUUACUUUGCUUACUAUAGUAGUUUAAUGGAAUACAAGUUAUACAAUGGGCAUACAUGAUGCAUAUAAUGAUAUAUCUUUCCCAUAAUCUAAGAUAUAAAAGGAUAGUGAAAAGAAAGUACAAUAGUGUAAAGAUUCACUGAUGUGAAUAAUGUUAUCUAUUCUGUAUGUUGGAGAGUUACAGUGUGGUACGGUACUGGUACCUUUUAACUGAUAUGGUAUUAGACUGGUACUGUACAGGUUCUCACAAGCUGCCUGUUUGGCUGCCUCUUGGGCAGUCUACUCUGCACAGUUAUUCAGAGAUCACCUGAGUCUAGCUGGGGAAGGAUAAGUUAUAUCUUUCUGUGUGGAAAUGAGCUGGGAGUAGGAAACAGAAUAUAAGCCAUACCGGCAGAACUGAAAAUGCCAGAUAGAAAAAAGACAGCAGUUACAGCUCUAUUUAAAGAUGAAGAGGGUAGGUGACAGUGUGGUUGUAUAGUUAUGGACUUAAGGUGCUUAGUUAUCUAGCCUGAAGGUCAGAGGUUUGACCUCUACCAACUGUAACAUAAUGUAGGGAAUGUAUUUAAUUUUUUCUAAUACUUAAACCAACGUUCCUGUCAUGUUAUAGAGGAAACUAUUGGUUUUUACUCCUUUGAGGACUGCCAGAAUGUCUGACCCAAAAAAUAUAAAUUUUUGGCAUAGAAAAUAGUAUGGGACAUAUCACUCUCUCUCUGUACAGGGAAAGCAAAAAAAAAAAAAAAAAAAUUUCUGAAAAAAAAUAAAUAAAUGAAAAAACUUCUUUAAUCACUAGUCUAGGAUCAAUAUGAUAAAUCCUCUUAUCUGUUCAUGAGUUGUUAGCCUUAAGAGGUAUGUCUUGCCAGGGUAUUUAAGUGAUGAUUUAUUUUUAAGAUUAAGCAUCUGUGAUACUACAUUUUUAAAUGCCACCACUGUCUGAUGCAGCACUUAACCACACCUCUGUCCUAGAGAAAGCAACAAUCCAGUAUUGGGCUGUGCUCAGGCAUGAGUUGCAUUGUGUAAUAUGUAUUAUAUGCACAACAGCAUCAAGUGGCAUAAUUAAAUAAUAAAUUGUAGUUUGUUAUUUUGAAAUGACAGGGUCUUGAAAUGCUCAUGUAUUUUCAUGAUUGACUCUAUGGUAUACAGACAUAGUUGGUUUUAGUACAAAAUAACAUUCCUAUGUUGAAUUUUUUAUAUAUUUGCAAAAUUCUACUGUGAUUAUUUAAUGAACAUAGUAUAGUUCUAAUGGAAUCAAUCACUUAUGCAUAUGACAAAUUUACCUAAAGUUUUAUUACUGGUCACCAAUACAUACACAUUUCAUAUUGAUUACAAGAAGACUUAUGCACAAUGUGUAUCUGUUCAGAGUACUGUCACAUCAGUGAGAAGCACAGUUGUAUGGAAACACUCCACUGUGUUCCUCACCUUGACAACUACACUCACACUCACACUUAUUUUAUAUGAUGUGACAUCAGGUUGUAGAAGAUGGCAUAAAGACUGAUUGUAACACUUGAGGGAUGACAAGUGUUCAUGAUAGUGACAUACUGUGAGGCUUUUUCUCCUAUAAAGGAUAUUUUUCAUUGGUUAAAGAAAGGCAUUUUGUUCAAGCACUUAGAAAAUGAUUGUUCGGACAAUGAGGCCGUCCCUGUGUGUACAGCAAGAUAUUUUUCAUGUUAUUGUUUUCAUUUCAUUCACUUGCCACAUGGGUAUGUGAUACUUGUUUAUGGUUGAAAAAAAGUCGUGAUGCAUAUCUCAUUAAGUCAUUACUUGCAAGUCAAAUACUUAACUUGAGGUUACUUCAGCCUCAAACUUCCACUUUCAUUGAUGUUUCCAUUACUGAAUGUUAUGCUGACUGUACUGUACUAUACUGUUUUCACUGAGUAUAACUAGAUUUGUAACAGCUUCUCUUGGGUCUUCUGUGAGCAGUUGUUGGGUACUGCUGGAUUCUGAGAUGUUGAUGAUUUCUCUCAGAAGUUGACAACAUAAAACUUAUUUAUUCCCAUGUUCAUAACUAAAAAAAAAGUGAAGGUGGGAGCACAGGCUAUAACUGUGUGUGGUCUUGACACUCAUUUCUGUCUCACUGGCCUUUGAGCAUUUCAUAACUGACCAUUCAGAACUACUGAAUAAAUGGCUGGCUAUUAUAACUUAUCAAACUCAAUGUCUCAAGUAAACUCAGAGCCGUGCACUCACUCAGCAUAAUUUGUGGAAACUAUGUUGUGAAGGUGGGAGCACAGGCUAUAACUGUGUGUGGUCUUGACACUCAUUUCUGUCUCACUGGCCUUUGAGCAUUUCAUAACUGACCAUUCAGAACUACUGAAUAAAUGGCUGGCUAUUAUAACUUAUCAAACUCAAUGUCUCAAGUAAACUCAGAGCCGUGCACUCACUCAGCAUAAUUUGUGGAAACUAUGUUGAUAUAAUCAAAGUUGAUGUACAUUAUUUCAUUUCUAUUUAUUUAUUAGCUUUUUGUAAUGUUCUAGUCCAUUCAGGUGAGUCAAGAACUCCCUCCUUACAUUUUAAAUAAUCAAUAAAAUAUUUAUUUGAGCAUCCA